AUGUCAUAUACAGAUUCCAUGUCUACACAUAAAAUUAUUCCAGGAGAUACUUUUUGGGCUCUCGCAAAAAAAUACGGGUAUACUGUCGAAGCAAUUCUAGCUGCCAAUCCUAGUGUUGCACCAGAGCAAUUAAAGAUUGCUAAAAAUCCAUCAUCUACUUUAUCAACACAUACUAUCGUAUCGGGUGAUACUCUAUGGAAGUUAUCUCGAAAAUAUGGUUGUACACUUAACGAUAUCUUAACUGUUAACCCAGGUAUCAUACCUGAACAAUUACAAAUUGGUCAAAUUAUAUAUUUACCUAAGCCAGGUAUUCGUCAAUUCAUUAGUUUUAUUUCUAUUACUUUACUGAUGUCUAUAGCCACUACUUUAAUACCAACAUCUGAAUCAACUAUUAUAUCUGAACCAAUAUCGACAAAUCAGAAAGACAAAAUCGAUUUUGAGUGGAAAAAUAAUAAUAAAUCAAUCGUUGUUGGUUACUUUACUUCUUGGUCUGUUUAUCAACGAAAUUUUUUUGUCAAUGAUAUUCCAGCUGAUAAAAUAACUCAUAUUAAUUAUGCAUUUGCUAAAAUUGGAUUAGAUGGUGAAAUCGAACGAGGUGACAAUGAAGCUGACACAGAGAAGUUUUUUCCAGGUGAUUCAUGGAGUCAGACAUUACGGGGGAAUUUUAAUCAAUUAAUCAAACUUAAAGACGUAUAUCCACAUUUACGUACUCUGAUUUCUGUGGGUGGAUGGACGUGGUCAAAAAAUUUUUCUGAUAUUGCUAUGAAUGAUGAAAGUCGAAAAAAAUUUGCAAAGUCAUGCGUUAAAUUUAUUGAAAAAUAUGCAUUUGAUGGUAUUGAUCUGGAUUGGGAAUAUCCUGUUUCAGGUGGACAUGAACAUAAUAUUCAUCGUCCUGAAGAUAAACAAAAUUACGUUUUUAUUUUAAAAGAAUUGCGUGAACAACUCGAUAUGGCUGCUAAUCAAAAUGGCAAGACAUAUCUAUUAACUGUAGCAACAGGUGCUUCUCCACAAUGUAUUGCCGACAUGGAUUUAGUUGGUAUGGCUACUUAUCUCGAUUGGAUUAAUGUUAUGACUUAUGACUAUCAUGGCGGUUGGGAAACAAAGACAGGUCAUAAUGCUCCAUUAUAUAAGAAUGAUGCUGAGACAGUUGAUGAUAUUUCUUCUGUUUGUAUAAAAUCAAAGCUUAAUAUUCAUGCUUCUAUUCAAGCAUACAUUGAUGCUGGGGUGUCUCGAAAUAAAUUGAUUUUAGGCAUACCUCUUUAUGGUCGAGGUUGGACUGGUGUAACAAGCACAGUUCAAAAUGGUUUUUCACAGUCAACAUCUGGUCAAUUACCAGUGGGUACGUGGGAAAAUGGAGUAUUUGAUUAUGAUCAUAUUAAACAUAGUUUUUGUUCAUCAUCAUCACGUUAUUGGGAUGAUGCGUCUAAAGUACCUUUUCUUUACAAUUCGUCAACAGGUAUAUGGAUUAGUUUUGAUGAUGAAACAUCAAUUCAAUUGAAAUGUGAUUAUAUCAAACAGGAAUGUUUGGGUGGAGUUAUGUUUUGGGAAUUAAGUGGUGAUAGAAAUAAUGAACUUAUUAAUGUCACUAUCAAUGCAUUGAAGCAAUAG